CCUAUCUAUAUCAUUUUGAUUAAGACGUUCAAACCACACAAUCACCGACCAUAAUAACGUGUAUUAUUCUCGAUUUAACCUUGAUCUUGUGGCCUAUAUCGUAUGACUUUAGUGAUAGCGAAUACAUUUGAUACAUUCAGCUGAAAUUUCUGAAAAGGAUGGGACUCAUCCAUCUAAUAGGCUGCACUUUGGCAAUCGCUCUCCAUGUUUCCGCCCUCGACAACGGAUUGGCUCGCACUCCGCCGAUGGGGUGGUUGUCAUGGCAACGCUUCAGGUGUAACACGGAUUGUGACAACGAUCCCCUGAACUGUAUAAGCGAACGGCUUUACAAAGACAUGGCAGAUCGCUUGGCAGCAGACGGUUACAGGGAAGCGGGCUAUGAGUACGUCAACAUUGACGACUGCUGGGCAGCUCUCCAGCGCGACCCGGUGACCUUGAGGCUGGUAGCAGACCCCAAACGGUUUCCCAGUGGCAUUAAAGCACUGGCUGAUUACGUACACAGUAAGGGCCUCAAGCUUGGUAUCUAUGGUGACAUGGGCGUCUACACUUGUGGGGGCUAUCCUGGAAGCAAGUUCACACUGAAGACGGAUGCCGAUACAUUUGCCGAGUGGGGUGUCGACUCACUAAAACUGGACGGUUGUUACUCGAAUACCGAUGAUUUUACUGUUGCUUAUCCCAUAAUGGAGUUCUAUUUAAACAGAACAGGUCGACCUAUACUGUACAGCUGCAGCUGGCCUGCUUAUCAAAGUACUCCAGACUAUCCUCGCAUCGCUGAGUUCUGUAACAUCUGGAGAAACUAUGACGACAUCGAUGACUCCUGGGACAGUGUGAAGAGCAUCAUUCAGUUCUACGGAGACGACAAAGGCAACUUCAGUUCUGUGGCUGGACCUGGAAACUUCAAUGACCCAGACAUGAUUAUAAUUGGAGACAAGGGCCUCAGUGAGUCCCAAGAAGAAGCUCAAAUGGCCAUGUGGGCAAUGAUGGCUGCUCCGCUGUUUCUGUCCAAUGACCUCAGAAAUGUCUCGGACAGAGCCAGAAACUUGAUCCAAAACAAAGGAGCCAUAGAAAUAAACCAAGAUCCAUUGGGAAUCCAGGGCAAGCGAGUUCAGCAGGCCAACGGGAUUCAAAUCUGGCUUCGCCCUGUUGUUCCUGCAGGAAGUUAUGCUUUCGCCAUUCUGAACCUCAAUGAUGGCGGCUACGCUUCAUCCGUGUCCUUCUCAUUGGCUGGUUUAGGCGUCCCUGGCAACGACCACUACUACUUGAAUGAAGUGUUCAGCGGGCUAUAUCUUGGCGGCUACAAUGUGAAUGACACAUUUACCGUCAAAGUGGAUGUAUCCAGUGUGUUCUUUGGAAAGUUUAAAAAGUGGGGAUAAAAAGACCCGAACAAAUAGUCGUCUAUAAAUAGUUUGUAUAGGAGGACAACGUUGUUGCUGACCUGACAUUUUUAAUAAUAAUAUAGGCCAGUGCGGUUGUUUCUUUUUUUAAAAUAUAAAUAGAACAUAUAUAAUUAACAAUGA